AUGGUCAGACAUGAGGCGGAGCUUAUAAAAGAAAUCGGUGAAGAAGUGUUGACAAUAGUGAAGCCCAAAUGCUUGGAAGUUGCACAGCAUCCAAUUGGGUUAGAGUCCCACAUUAACUGCAUAGUUUGUUUGCUAAAUGAUGAUGGCGAAUCGGAUGUUGGUCGCAUCAUUGGGAUAUAUGGACUUGGUGGAAUAGGUAAGACAACUAUAGCGAAGGCCGUUUUUAACGUCAUGUUUAGAAAUUUUGAAGGUAGUGUCUUUCUUGCUAAUGUUAGAGAGGGCUCAAAACAAAAGGGUUUAGCUUUCUUACAAGAACAACUUCUCUCUGGUGUCUUUAUGAGAGAAGAAGAGAGAACAAUUUACAAUGAGGACGAAGGAAUCAAUAUUAUCAAAGGACGUCUAUCAUGUAAAAGACUUCUUAUUGUUCUUGACAAUGUGGAAAAAAUGAAUCAAUUCUAUAAAUUGAUUGGAGGGUAUAAUUGUUUUGGUUCGGGAAGUCGAAUCAUCCUAACAACUAGAAAUGAACAUUUGCUAGAUAGCCUGGAUGUGGAUGAAAAACAUAAAUAUAGAGUGGAGGCAAUGAAUCAAAAUGAAUCCCUUCAACUUUUCACUCUCCAUGCCUUUCGUCAAAAUCAUCCAUCAGAAGACUAUCUGAAGCUCUCAAAUGAGGUAAUACGCUAUGCUGGGGGGGGGGGGCUUCCAUUAGUUCUUGUGGUUUUGGGUUCUCUUCUAUACAACAGAAAUAAAGUUCUAUGGGAAAGGGAAUUGAAAAAUUUAAGAAAGAUACCCAAUAACCAGAUUUUUGAUAUACUUGAAAUAAGUUAUAAUGCAUUACAUGAGGAUGACCGGACCAUAUUCCUUGAUAUAUCAUGCUUUUUCAUUGGAUGGAAAAAAAAAUAUGUAAUUACAAUUGUAGAUGCUUGUGAUCUGGGUGGAGAAGCUGGGAUUGAAAUUCUCAAAGAGAUGUCUUUGGUAACAUUUGAUAAAUUCAAUUUGUUACAUAUGCAUGAUCUCAUUCGAGACAUGGGAAGAGAAAUUGUUCGCAAACAGUCUCCUAGGAAGCGUGGAGGUCGUAGUAGAUUGUGGGAUAACGCCGAUGCCAUUGAUGUAUUCAUAAACUUCAAUGUAAGUAUAAUUAGUAUCACAAACUGGGAACAUUAUUUUCAGGAGGGGAAUUUUUGUUUUAGAAAGUUACUUUGGGUUAAUUGGAACGGAUUCCCCUUCGAAUUUAUACCAAAUUAUUUUCAUUUGGGGAAGCUUGUUAUUCUUCACAUGCCAGAGAGCAACCUCAAAGAAGUUUGGAAGGGAACUAAGCAUCUAACAAAGUUGAAGGAACUCGAUCUCAGUGGUUCUCCCUACUUAACUCGUGCACCGCACUUCUCAGGGCUCCCAAAUCUUGAGAAACUGAUUCUCGAUCAGUGUGGAAGUUUGGUUGAAGUCCAUGAAAGUAUCGGCUGUCUUACUAAACUUGUUAACUUGAAUCUAAGUUAUUGUGACAAUCUCAAGAAUCUUCCAAAGGGUAUUAGUAAAUUGGCAUCGCGUGAAACACUUGAUAUUUCUCUUUGCUUAAAAUUUGAAAAAUUGCCAGAGGGAAUCAGGAACUUGAAAAGUUUAACAGUGCUUUGUGUGAGUUACAUUGCCAUAGAAGACCUACCUCAUGAUUUUUGGACGCUUUCACAACUCCAAACUCUGAUCGUAUCUAAUUGUCGAAGACUCAAAUCAAUCCCAAUGCUUCCAUCAAGUUUGUGUUCUCUUUGUGCAGCUGGUAGCAGCGAGUUGAUAAGGUUACCAAAUCUGUCAAACUUGAAGCACCUAACCAUGCUAAAUCUUCAUGAGUGUGAAAAGAGGACUGACAUUAGGGGCUUAGAGGGUUUGAAGUCUGUAGAAACCAUAUUAUUAAGGUGGUGCGCCAAUUUAAAAAGAUUUUUCAAGAAGAAAUUCUUUCAGACAUGGACCGUAGAUCCAGUAUCCACAAGCCAUGAGUUAGAUGGUCCAAUAGACAUAUUAGUUUUGAAAAGGACAAAAACAUUUAAAUUACCUUCUGAAGAGGUAUCCUUAUCAUUUGAUUUCUUUUUCAAGGAAGCCAGUAAAUUCAAUGGGAAACAAUUGUAUAUUGUGGAUUUUUUUAAGCCUGUGGCUAGAGGAGAUGCUGUUGUGAAGAGGGCUGGGGAGAUCGUCUCAGGUGGAGCUCUAGGCCAUUCCAGACCUGUUGGAACUAAGUCUUAUGCGAGGGCUGUAGGUGGCACUCUGCCGGCCAUUGAUGAAUUGCCGGAUCCGAUAAAAACAGGAAAUUCUACUAAGGUGGUCAUCCCCCAAGAGGCAUACAAAAAAGAGCUUCUUGGCUUCAAGACUGCAUUGGUUGGGAGAACAAACUUUCGAUUCAUCACCUUGGAUGGGAUUAGGGCAGCAAGUAGGUCUUCUUGGAGAUUGGAGGUAGGUGAGGUUCUUUCGCCGCUAGGGAAGGGUUUCUUUCUCUCCAGGUUCGAGAAGGAGGAAGACAUGGCUGCUAUUUGGAAGAGGGGGACUGUGAGAGUGGGAUCUCAAACGAUAACUUUCCAACGGUGGAAGCAAAGGUUCACUGUUAAUGAUAGAUCAAAGUCGUCCAAAUUAGUCUGGAUUAGAUUUCCAGACCUCCUGCUUGAAUAUUGGAAUGAAAAACUUCUUUUGUCGCCAAGGCGGCAGGGAGACCGGUGGCGAUUGACCGUCGCACACAACGGGUGA